AUGAUCGGCCAAUCACCGCGCGACGGCGUCCGGGCAGCUCGUGGUAUGCUCCAAAAAUCCAAACAUAUACACAAUGCGAAUUCGCGCGCUAAAGCAGCUAGACGAGCCAUAACCGCGCUACAGUCUGAACUCCGAGAACUGGAGGCUCUUGAGGACGAUGAGGCUCCCAUCAAGGAUACGCUGGAUGCUCAGAUUGCCGAGAUUGAAAGUCUGAGGCUUGCGGUUUCUAAAGAGAAGAAAAGGGUGGCAUGGGCGACGCAAACCUCUCACAGUUUGGCUGCGCAGGUCAAGAAGCUGGAACAAGAGCUUUUGGAUACAGGUGAAGAAGCUAGGCGCGCAUUAGCUGAUGUGGCUAUUGAAAUUGCUGAGUUGAAGCAAGAGCUCGACGAGGAGAGGGCUAGGUGCUCCGCCAAUGGCGAUGCGAAGCAGGAGUUAGAAAAGCUGAAGCAGAAGUUGAGGGAGAUGUGCGAAGGUCCAGAAUGA